UAAGGUUUAAGGUUAUGGUCACUAUUCACUGAAUUCUUGGUGCUGGAGCGUUUCGUUGAGUUAUUUUUUUAUUACUAGGCAUACUACUAAUAUUAAUUAAAAUAUUGAACGUAUUUUAUAAUGAAAGGUGUUACGUUUUAUGUAUAAGAUGGAAAUUAAGCUACACAUGCCAAAUAGGCCUACUCAUUCUCUAACUACUCAAGGCCUAACUCAUGUUAUGGAAAGUUUUUGAAAGAAACUACACAUCAUCAUUGGUGAUCAAAACUCUAUCAAUGAUUUAAGAUAAAUUCAGUAAUGAAUCUUCAAACAUUGUUUCAGGAUUUUAACCCAAGCAAGUUCAUUGUGCAUUCAUCCCUUCUGGUCUUCACUGCUCUAUUCGCUCUUAGACUCGAUGGCACAAUUGAUUGGAGCUUUUGGACUGUGUUUUCACCCAUUUGGUUCUGGAAGUUCAUGGUCAUAUCUGGGGCCACUGUUGGAAGCUAUGUGUGGUGGAGAUAUCCUCAUUUUAGGCUGGAAGGUGAAGCUUAUGUACAUUACAAGGCGAUGCUGAUAAGUCUCGCACUUCACCUUAUAUUGCUCAUGUUUGAACUACUAGUUUGUGAUAAACUACAGACAGGACGCCAUCUUUGGAUCCUUGUCUUCAUCCCUCUAAUAUUUAUCUCCAUUGUGUCCAUUGCUGUUUGUAUCUGGGCUGUCAAACAUGACAGGUCGUUUGAGCUGGAACUGUUCUGCGCUGUCAAUAUGCUUCAGUUCAUAUUCCUCUCUCUUCGUCUUGAUGGGUUCACAUCGUGGAGCUGGGAGGUUGUUUUUGUACCAUUGUGGAUUGUCCUCUGUUUAAGCCUUGUUGGGGUGUUAUAUACAAUUAUCUUUGCUGGUAUAUUGUUAAGAACACCACAAGUCAAUGCUAAUCAGAGACGAUCAUGGUUCAAUUCAGCCCUAGCUUACACAUUCCUUGUGGUACCUAUUUUAGUCUUUCAGGUGCUUCUGACCAACAAAUUGGAUGGAGACAUCAACAUGACAUACACAGGGAUUGUUACACCUUUAUUUGUAUCUUUCACUACACUGAUACUCAUGUCGUUCAGUGCUAAAGGUGGCAAUAAAUGGUGGUUUGGUAUAAGGAAGGAUUUUUCACAGUUCUUACUUAGUAUCUGUCCAUUCCUUCAAGAGUACGCCAACAUUGCUUAUUCGUCGGGUCGUACCUCAGAGAAUGGUGAACAAAACGAAGCCAGUUCUCAGCCUAUGAAGGAGAAAGGUCAUAAGAAGAGUGAGAUGAACAAACCAGUUGUACCAGUAAUCUCAAUAGAAAUGCCUGACUGAAAAUUAAAAGUCCAAAUUAACAUGUUCAUGGUUAUAAAGUUACCUGAUAAAUGGAGCCCUCCCUUACUGACAUGUAUUUUCAUCACAUUUUUAGAAAACAAAGUUAAUUUUGUUUUGUAUAUUGUUAAUUUAUUUUAUUUUCAUUCUUUAGAGAUGAUUUUAUGAUUAUCUAUGGGGGUGUUGAGAAUACUGAUUUAUGAGUUGGCUAAAUUAUUAGAUCAGACAUUAUCAGCUGUGCUGAUCUGAAGCCAUAUAGUUAUUAGAUUAAAUAAAUAGGUUUAUUGUGAAGUCUAUGUCAUUAUUAUGAAAUAAAGUAAUGAUACUAAAGUGGAAAUAAUUCAAUUUAUGCUAUUUAUUUAUACUUAAUAAAUUAUAUAUAUAUAUAUACCGGUACAUAAAUAUUUCUUUUGUAUACAUUUUUUUCAUGAAGGAAUACAUAUUUCUUUGUUUUGUUACAAAUCAACUUUGUUUUUAUUAUAGAUAAUCACAGAAAUAUAAUUGCUGUGUACUUUAUACCUUAUAUUUAAAAAUGACGUACUGAGGUUUUACUUUGAAUAAAACUCUAUGGCGGUACUUGCUGUAAAACACUUUCUACUGCGAGUGCCUAGUUUGAUUGACACAGGCCAGAUUUCUUGUUCUCUUAUAUUACUUUAAAACUGCCACCUUAUGUAAAAUUUUUAUUUAUGCCAAGUGCACUUUGAUAUUUGUUUGGCGUUUCAUUUAGAAUAGGUAUAAUUGUAUUAGGAUAAAAAGUAUUAUUUUUGCUGAGCAGAUUGUUUAAAAUUUAAAUUAUAUUCAGAUUUGUAUAAUCAUAAUUUCAAAGGGCUGCCCAGAAAGUAACGACCGACGUAACCACAGUUUGGACUGAGGUAAUGCUGCCAUCCAUUUCCACUUGUGCCUUUUAUAUAGUGGAGUUUUAAAAUUGCCUCUAAGAUUGAAGUUCGCACAUGUUAUCUAGUGCUUGGUGUUUUAUGUUUUUGUUUUCAAAAAGCUAUCAAGUGAUUUACAUUUUUCGCUGAAUUUUCGACAUGUACACCCGAGAAAUAAUGAGUUAGGCGGUAAUGCAUUGCUUUUAAAAUGCCUGAAUAACUGUUCAUAAUAAAUGUAAAGUGGUAAGCUUAGUCUUUCUUACAUCUGAUAAAUUGGUAGUAAAAACGAUCUGUGAAAAUCUUUGUUUCACUACUAAUGAAUCUCAAAUAGUUUUCUCUGAAUCUUUUGGAGUAAAGUUCAUGAAAUCAGAGCAAACGUAGAUACUAAAAAUUCUUUACGGAAUGAUUUCUGAAAUUCCUAAAGGGAAAUAAAGAUUUGCUGUAGUUCUAAAAUGUCUGGAAGAGCCAAAAAACUGUCAUAAAAACCAUAUUAUCUAGCAGUAAUUGGUGACUUGAGUAACGCUUAAACGUAAUAACAAUCAUGGGAAUGGGGUCGAACGCAUAUGCACAAGAAAGCCUAGUUUUAAUUUUUCUUUACAAUUGUCUACAAACGGAAUACCGCAAACUGUACGUAAGAUCCAACCAUCCUCCUUACAGCCUGGAUUCGGCACCAACUCUAGACUAAACUCAACGCUGGUGGAAACUAGUGGUUAAACUGUCUGGUGGAAGAAAAAGACAUUGACAAUAUUGUACCAGGCUAUGAUAAUUACCUUAAUUUAAAACAGAAUUUACCUUAAAAACGUAAGAAAGUCUUUUUUCACUUUGUGUACCGUACCUAUAUUAGUAUUCAACAAUUCUGUUACUUUCUGGAUAGCCCUCAUACCUUAAUUUAAAUUUAAAAAAUAGAAAUAUUUUGUUAAAAUUAUUACCACAAGUUAUUAUGAAGGUACUUUAAUGAGUUUACGUAUUAAGUAUUAGUUUCCCAGUUUCUGUACCAAGUUUCUGAUCUCUCCCUUGAUAAAUAAACAUUUUCAAAAAGGAAUUUUUCUCAUUUAAUUAAUUAAUUUUAAUUUAAUUAAAAUUUACAGUUAAUUUUCCCUUUUUUAUGGUUUGAAAUAAUUUAUUAAAAAAUAAAUAUAAUAUUUCAACCAAAAUUGAUCUACCAAGCUUGAAGAAAUCAUCCUAUCAACGGGUUGUUUACUAAAUAUAAUUAAAUCUAUAUUUCUUAUUAAAGGAUAUAUUUCACAAGUACUUUUCUCUGUGGUUUCAAUAUCAGAAAGCAAAUUUACCAUGUCUAUUUUGUAAAAAUGUUUUUAAAUUUGGUGACAAUAGGAAACACCAAAGCAUACUAUACAUAUUUUAAAACAGUCCUCAGCUAUUCAUCAAGAAACAUUUAAUCCACACUACUGAGAAUACUAAUCUAUAAGAAAGUAAAUAAGUUAGUAAUACAUUUUUUGUCAUACGUUUGCUCUUUGAGGCAAUGUGAAGAAAUUAUAAAUCUUGCACAACACUUUUUUUCAUAAUGUUUGGUGAACGUGUUACAUAGUUUGUUGGGUAUUUUUAUUUAAUUUGAUAUCUAGUAUAAGAUCUUGUAGCAGCUAUUGUUUAUAGCAAAUUGUAUCACGAGUAUGACUUUAAUUUAUUUAUCCUGUAGAUUUAAAAUGUCAGACUGUUUCGUUAAUUAAUUUAGUAUGAUUGUUUGACAAUAACUUUUAUUACUAUUCAAGCUCAAUUAAACCAGUUACAUAUACAUAUUUUUAUAUAAUGUUUGAAUACUGUACAUAUACAAAAAGUACAAUGAACAUAAUUGUAUAGUAAUUUAAAAAGUUACUUUACAGAUUUUUUUUGCAUUUAUCAUUCAAAUAUUUUUUCUACGGAGAACUCGCAUAUGCUUUGGGGCUUAAAGGAUGUAUAUUUAAAUUUUACUCUAUAUUUUUAAUAAUGAUUAUAUGUUAUUUUUAUAUUUGAUUUCUUGUUCAGGUUCUCUGUCCGUAAUAAUUAAUCUACAUGUACGUAAAUAAUAUGAGUUCAUUAUAAUUAAUGCAUAAAUUUCUAAUUUGUUUCAAUUCGUCACAUGUUUUCCUUAUAAAAGAAUUUUCUGUUUAUCCUACCCAUGUAACUUUCAUAUAAAGAGGAAUAGAAGCUAGUUUAUUGAUUUCAAAUAAUUGUAAUUUUUAUACUACACAUAUAAUCUUAAUUUGAAAAAUUACCAAUUUCAUAACACAAAUAGGUGUCACAUAAAAAAAUAUUGAAAUAUUUUGUUUUCCUCCAAGCAGCUUGUUAAUUAACUUAACUUGAAAGUUGCCUGUUUUUUUUAAUAACAUUACAUUAUUUGAAACAAAAUUAAUAAUUUGUGGGCUGAUAAAAUAUUACUUGAACAAAAACAAUAGGCUCACAAACUUAAAUCAUAAUUUUUGUUUAAUACCCUGCCUACAAAAUAUUUGUAUAAAACCAAUGUAAAAACUUUCAAAUUUAAAUUUCUAUUUAAAACAUAACAGAUGACUGCUGAGAAGUAAUUCAAUAAAGCAAGAGGAACCAGGUUUAUGGAUAAAUAAAUGUAUUCACAAAUUACAUUAAAUAACUAUUCUAAAAUUUGAUUAAAUAUUGCUCUAAAGGCGAUUUUAGACAAUGUAUUGCAUUUUCGUUUCAUUUUAGUUUUAGUUGUACAGUGUAAUCACUUAUUCAAGGACAAAAACAUGCCAAAUGAUACUUGGCAUGAAGAACAUUUGCACAAAAUGUCACAAAUUUUAAACUUGCUUCUACAUUGUUCUGUCAUGAGUUGUUUGAAGAAAAAUUGGACAAUUUAGAAGCUAUAUGUAGAAGUAUAAUUAUUAUUACUUACGUUUUGUAUCAUAAGAGAAUCAAAGACACUAUGUGUAAUUGUACUGCUACUGUAACUUGCUGGUUUGUGUUAUAAAAAAAUACUUACAUACAGAAUCUUCUUCAUCUUUACUUGAUAGAGUUUGGACCACUAAUUACUAUAUAGUAUUCAUUCAGCCAUACAAAUAAUAAGCUGAAAUUUUUAUUGUGGAUGUUUAGAACAAACCUCUGUAUAGAUCGUGACAUCUAAGCUAGCACUUGGCCUAGCGCAGGCAGUGUAGGCGAGAGGAGGGUGGAUGUAGAGAAAAAAACCGGACUGCAAACAUUUCCGCUGCCUCACAGGGUUUACUCCCCUUGUAUUGUGUACUUUAGCGCCUUUAUAUGGGUCGCGAGGACAGUUGAUGCAACCCGACCCGCAUGAGGAGAUAUAUGUUUUUGAACUAGAUACUAGUAGCGAUCGGCCAAGUGCCAGCUUAGAGUGUCACGAGCUGUAAUGGGGGUUCUUAGGGUAAUGCCUAAAAGUAGUUUUUAAGCUUGGAUGUAUAAAUGUACAGAGUAAGUUAGCUCGUAAUGUUUUGUACUAUGCCUCAAAUUUGGAACUAUUUAAUUAGUAUCCACGUGUAACAAUAAUAAAACUUUGUUAUAAAAACACAAA